CCAUGGCGAAAGCGAUGUCAAUUCGUUUCGAAUAAUAUUUUGUUUUCACUUAUUUGUGUUGUUCAGUGUUUGUUUCUUAGUGAAAAUAAUAAUUUUUACCUUAUCUGGAUUGUAAGUGUACAUUGAAGUGAUAAAGUUUUACCUCCAAAGUUUUAAGUUUUGUGUGAAAAGUUGUAAAAGUCACUCGAGGAUUCAGGUGUCAAUGAGGAUGUUAUUCACCUCAUACACAGCACCGUUCAGCUGAAGUUUGAAGGUGGUAUCUCGCCAUGCAGAGUGCGGGUGGGAGCAGGGCCUGUGCGCCAUGAGCCAUACUCCUGGAGGCGGCCACCCGCAAGGUUGGGAGCACAAGCUUGCAGACCGGUCGUCGCUGCCGCCAGCACCGGGGGAGGAGAAAACUAAAUCUCAGUCCAAACAUGUGUUCACACAGCCCCAUAUCCCUAAAGCGAGCGCUAUGUGGUGGCGCGAAGAGACGGAAGGCUCGUCGGGCAGCAGUGCACGCUCACCCGCCUCACCUCCCUAUGUACGUUGGGCUCGAGCCCUGCAUUUCCUGCUCGAGGAUGCAGAGGGCGUGCGUUUGUUCCGUAAGUUCGUGUGCGGUGCGGGCGGAUUGCACGUCGACCGGCUUAACUUCUAUUUCGCCGUACACGGCCUGCGACAGGAAACUGAACCAUCCAAGAUACGGCAAGUCGUGUCCGCUAUAUACAAAUUCCUGCGGAAGUCUCAGCUAACGAUGCCGGAAGCGCUGAAGUCGCAGGUGAAGCAGGCGAUCAAGGAUGGCGCAUCCAUCGAGAAGACUAUCUUCGAUGAAAUGGAGCAAGAGGUGACGCGCGCCAUAACUGAGACGACGUACCAAUCGUUCCUCCGUUCGGAGGCCUACGUCUCGUACGUGAGUGCGGCCACGCAGCCUCUUUCCUCGCCUGACGCUUCGCCACCUCACCAUAGAGAGGUGUCAGUAUGCGGCCUCGCAACAUUACACGAAGGGCAGGAGAUGUCAGGCGCGAGUGCGAACACGAGCUCAAGUACGAGCGCGCGUCUCACUCACGACGCGCUGCUCGCGACUCAGUCGCGGAGACUGCACUCGGACGUCGCACCUCACCGUCACAAGCGGUCAGUGUACAGCGCUCACGUGUCGUACGCGGGGUAUACGCCGACGUCGCGUCAGGACUCGGAACGGGGCAGCCUCAGCAGCGGACGUACCGAUAGUGAUGCCGUCUCGCUUUCCGGCAGUAGCGUGGAUGGUAUGUCAGUGCGCGUCCCCAGAGAUAGCCGGGAGUCGCGACAUCGGCAACGCUUGUACGGAAUGGACAGACAGGCCGUUAUCAACAAGGAGCAGGAUACUGCAAUGAUGAUUCCCCGAACCCAACGAGUCCAGUCUGAACAAUUACGAGUUCUGCCGCCGGCCGAAUUUGCGCCUCUUCUAAUUGAGAAACUAGAAAGAGUGAGGAGAGAUAGAGAAAACAAGGAGAGACUGGAACGGAGAUUAGCUGAGGGUGAGGGUGACGAGACCUCAUCUCAAGUGCUUCCACCACAGUUAGUUGCUGCCGCCAUUCGGGAGAAGCUCCAGCCGGAUGACGACAACGAUCAGGAUAUUCUUGAUCAGCAUGUAUCCCGAGUAUGGUCCGAACGCACUCCGGGUGGAUCUCCUCCUGGUGGAAGACGAGCGAGGAGACACAAUCGCCGAGCUCCUUCCUGUCUCUCUGCUGACUCGGGCCAUUAUGAUGAACCGCCGCAUCUUGCUACACGCAGAUCGUUCUCGAAGAAAACGGUGACGGAACUGACAGACAGUGGCGUGUCGGUGGUAAGCGAGGGUGGGGUGAGUGGGCUAAGUGCUGCCAGCGAGCCCCGGAUUCUUCUUUGGAUCGCUGAAGGGGAAAGGGGGGAACGGAGAGCAACCUCGGCUGAUAGACAUCGCCGGCAAACACGCGGUGGCGGCAGCAAGAGCAGCAGCACCAGCGGCGGCGUGGAGCAGACCGUGGUGGUGGCCCACUUCUUGGACGAGAGCGUGCCUUACCGCUUCAAGGUGCCCGCUUGCCCUCUCACUCUCAAGACCUUCAAGGAGUAUCUGCCGCGAAAGGGGAAUUACAGAUAUUUCUUCAAGACGGAGUGUGCUGAUCUAGACAACACAGUGAUUCAGGAAGAAGUCAGUUGUGACAAUGACACGCUGCCCAUGUUCGAGGGCAAGGUCAUGGCCCGAGUCAAAGCUAUUGAGUAACUUCAGGAAUUUUGAAAAUGUGUUGAAUUAUUUGCUACGUAAAUGUUAGCUUUUAUGAUUUCUGUAUUGGAUUUUUUUAAUCAUUUUCGCAUUCACAACACAAACGUUCUCUCCACUAAAGCUGAAAUUCAGACGUCUAUUUCAUUUUUAUAAAACCUGCCGGAAAAUGUGUUUCACCGGGAAUAUAUCCCAGUACCUCUGCGAUUAACUAACUAAUAUAGAUUGUAGCUUGGUAAUUGUGGGUCAAACUUUAGCCUCAAAGAUUAACGCAAAUGUCCCCUAAUCAUUUAUGAAAAGUUUUGUAUGGUUCACUUUGACGAGGUCACUUAACCCAAUAUUUUGCUGGUCAUCAUAAAUAGCUUGAUUCACCAAUAUAACUAUUUGUCUUUGAUCAGCAAAAUUGGUAGCGCCUUAAUUCCUAAAAUUACUCCAGAAGAAAAAGUACAAGAAGUAAAAAACCCUUUAUCGUGACCGUAGCAAAUGAAAAAAUCGAUAAUUUUUUAUAGACGGUUCUAGAAGAGCAUAAAAUAUCUGUUAUACGAAGCGAUUAUUAUAUGAAUAAUAACGUGGAUAUUUCUGUUACCAUGGUUACGAUAUUUUCGUAUACGAUAAUUGUAACUAGCCCACGCCUUUAAGAUGGGGAUAUAGAUCGUCAACAUCGAUAAUCCUAAAUUCUGAUUUGAAAAGGAUAUGUAAGGCUUCAAUCACAACAUAUAUAUUAUGUAUAUAGUUGUCCGUCUGUAGUGUAAAUGUGUCCACUACAUAUUCGUCGUGUUGCCUGUUUGAUUUCUAUAAAAAUUAUUUAUUAGAAAAUCAAUUUGGCAAUAUUGCCACAGACAAUGCGACGUUCUGUAAAUAGUUAGCUGUAUCGGUAUAAUCUAUUGGAUGUAUUAGUGAAACAGCCCAGUAAAAAAAAUUGUCUACCCUCAAAAUACCAGUUAUUUUUUUAAUCAAAUUUUCGCGUACGCUCAGAUCAGAGACAUGAAUUAUUUUUGAAGUCGCGUCCUCGAUUAACGCUUACUUUAUUUUUAUAUGAAAAAUUGUUUUAAUUAGUUGUUAGCGAAUGACUGCUUAGUUGGUACGCACCGUAAGCGUUAUGUUCUAUUUGUUUUAGCGGGCGUUAGUUUAGCUGUGGGAAUUUAUAUGAAAAAACUUUUAAAUGCCGGUACUGAAUGCCCAAUAUGUGGAUCCUUUUAAUAUAUAAAAUCUAUGUAAUAAUUUUUUAAUUUACAUAUUAAAAAAUGAUUACAAUUUGACCUAGGACAAUUGAACAAUUGUCAUUUCUUAAUCGAGUUAAGUUUUUUUUUAGUACAUUGUUAAGUGGACAGUUUUCCGUUCUGCAGCUGUGAAUAGUACCUACAUAUGUAUAUACAUAGUUGUAAGAUACAUUAUGUUUGCCGACGAAUACUGCGCUCGCGCUAUUUUGAUAGUAGCCAAUGGUGUUUGAUUGAUAAUUUUAGCGCUAGCGUCGUAUUCGCUUAUACUUAUUUUAUCGAAUAUCAGACUGAAUUUUGUAUAAUUUCAAAGUAAUUCGAACCAACUCCACAGAGGAGGUAAUGACUCAAUUAAAGAUUUACUUCCUAAUCACUAGUCCUUGGCGUGCGUUCCGUCGACCGUGUAUGGCCCACUUAAACCCAAUAAAUGUCUUUAAAUCCAGCCAGUUUAGAUAGUUGAGAAAAGUAUUAGACUACCCGCUUUUUAAUAUUUUUCUGUUGUCUAAUCUUCUUUCUCCUUUAAGUUCGUUCGUCAUUUGUUUAACGGAGGGGGAAGGGGGCGACGGGACGCCGCAGUCCAAUAGUACUUAGCAGCGUAAGAAUAAGAUGUAUGAUAGCUCGAGUCCGGUCCACUGUAAGAUAGACGAGUGCACCAUCACUGCACUAUAUUGAGAAUAGGGUGCGUAAAAAUGUGCCUUCAAUGUUAAUAAAAUUUUUCAUAGUUGAUGCUUCUAACUAGCCGUAAGUUUGUAAAUAUAGAGUAGCGCUAACGAACUCUUUAUUAUUAUUUAAUUAUAUUUUAAUUUAUUACCUAAGUCGUGCGCAUGCGCAUAUGCGCGUUUUUUUUUACAUUUCUCCUCCGAUUCCGAUGUCUUCCUUGCCUCUCUUAGCUUAAAUCUUUUCUAUCUUAGAGAAAUGUGUAGCUUUUUAUAAUUUAACAGAUUUAUAGUCCGUUCGGCGCUGAUUGAACGCUUGUGAGUCGAAGCACCUCAAGCGAAUAUCUUCAUGUAUUUGUUGUCCCAUUAAAUUUCUCGAAUGCAUCGAAAUUGUUAUGAAUAAAAGCCUCACUAUAUUUGUGUCUUAAGCCCAGUGUUUCGCGUAUUUUGCGUUAUUAUUUAAAAAGUUUGAAUUAUAUUUUGUCUUUCUGGUGAUAUUCGCUUGUAAAUGUCGAUGCGGCGUCACGAGGUUCACGAGUAUGUAUAAAUAGAUGAUUAUAACAUUUUUAUAAAUACCAGUUUAAGGCACUCAGUUUGCUGGAUGUAUGUAAAAUACUCGAGCGCUCGGAAAUUAUAAAAUUGCUUGUUAAAUUUGUAAAAUGUUCCAUUUAAUGAAGAAUGGUGUUAAUUAUGGUACAUAGGUACGAAUGAUUCUCGGACAGUUGUUGCAUCGCGAGAAUUUCACUAAUCGGACUGUAUUAUUUUUUUAACUAGCACAUGUAACUAUUAAAAAUUAAAACUGGAACU